GUCGGGAGCCGCCGGGAAAACGCCGCGGCAUGGAGGAGCCGCCGGCAAGAGCGCGCUGUCGUGCCAGCCAUCCCCGGGCGGGCUGAGGCGCCCCACAAGAGACACUUGAUGAUACUAGACCUCUAGAUCUAUGUGACUUGGCUGGAGAAACCAUGGCUGAAGUCGUCUGGUCAGCUGUUCUGAAUGUGACUGAGACUCACUUACAGACUGGCAGUGGAUGGACCUCAGGCAACGCCACCAGCAGGUGCACGCUGACCAAAACUGGUUUCCAGUUCUAUUACCUUCCUGCUGUCUACAUCGUAGUCUUCAUUACAGGAUUCCUGGGCAACAGUGUGGCAAUUUGGAUGUUUAUCUUCCACAUGAGGCCUUGGAGUGGCAUCUCAGUUUACAUGUUCAACCUGGCACUGGCUGACUUCUUGUACGUCCUGACUCUUCCUGCACUGAUCUUCUAUUAUUUCAAUGAAACGGACUGGAUCUUGGGAGACUUCAUGUGCAAGCUGCAGAGGUUCAUCUUCCAUGUCAACCUCUAUGGAAGCAUCUUGUUUCUCACCUGCAUCAGCGUCCACAGGUACACAGGUGUGGUAUAUCCCUUAAAAUCGCUGGGGAAACUAAAAAAGAAGAAUGCUGUUUAUAUCAGCACUCUAGUCUGGGUUAUUGUGGUGGCUGGUAUUUCUCCUAUCUUGUUUUACUCUGGGACCGGGGAAAGGAAAAACAAGACUAUGACUUGUUAUGACACAACGCAAGAUGACUACCUGAGAAGCUACUUCAUUUAUAGCAUGUGUACCACUGUCUUCUUGUUCUGUAUCCCAUUCAUCCUCAUCCUGGGUUGCUAUGGAUUAAUAGUGAAAGCGCUGAUUUACAAAGACUUAGACAAUUCUCCGCUGAGGAGGAAAUCGAUCUAUCUGGUUAUUAUAGUAUUGGCUGUUUUUGCUGUGUCUUACCUUCCUUUUCAUGUGAUGAAGAACUUGAAUCUACGAGCCAGGCUAGAUUUUCAGACUCCCGAAAUGUGUGCCUUCAACAACAGGGUUUAUGCCACUUACCAAGUAACUCGGGGACUCGCUAGCCUCAACAGCUGUGUGGAUCCUAUUCUGUAUUUCUUGGCAGGAGACACCUUCCGAAGAAGGCUCUCCAGGGCAACCAGGAAGGCCUCAAGACGCAGUGAGCUCAACGUGCAGUCCAAAAGCGAGGAUAUGACUCUCAAUAUUUUAGCUGAGUAUAAACAGAAUGGAGACACCAGCUUGUGAAUUUAAAAAAAGGGGGGGGGGGACAGAUUUGCAAGCAACGGUGCUCUCCCUCCCUAAACUUACACACUCACCUUCAUUUUUAAUCCCUUGUCAAACUCUUAAUUUCAUGCAUUUUCAAGAAACACAUAAGGCAGACAACGCUUGUUUUUUUGAUUGGUUGUUUUUAAAACAUGCUCUGUGACCCUAGGAAGAGCUUGAGCAAAAGUAAGUGUGAAAGCUAAAAACAAAAAAAACCAAAACCCAAAACAGUAUGGAAAUUUUCAGUUUGUACCCCUUACAGGUUUUAAAGAUUGGAAAGACUAGUAGUACAAACAAUUCAGUAAGGCUACCCACCCACCUCAGUGCCAUUCAGCAGGAAUGUGGCUAAUCUACCCUUUUGUUAAAAAAUUUUUUGACUUACAGUAUCAGGAGUGUCUUUCGAAGAUCAAACAUUUAUGUAGGGUCUUAGUCCAUGCUGCUGCUGCCAGAUCUGGCUGUGGCCCCAGGUAGGAGAAGGAUAUUGCAGGUCCUUUCUCUGAAUUUUGACCUUUCAUUUGGAAAAAAACCCAGCAACAAAAUAAAACAAAAAACCCUCUAGCCUUUUCAGUUACAGAGGAACCAGGAGAAAAAGGUGAGCUAUAUUCCACCCAUCUGCUCAGUAAGAAGUAAGCCUGCUCUGAAUUGUUCAGUCCUUUAUAAACGUUGAUCUAAUAAUUAAGCAAUUUAACCUCCAUUAGGCAUCUUGAAUUUAUUGUUUCAUAUUGACUUAAGUUGGCCUCCAACCCUUCUCCACUGUACUUGUAUGUUUCCUUCUCACAAAAUUUCUAGCUGUGGAUUUGUGUUUCUCGGUCUCUCUCAAACACUUUGGAAAGAAUACUAAGGGCAAGUCCUAUGGAUUACUUGUCUGUGAUUCUAUUAUGGGAUUUUUAAAAACAUGUUGCAGCUAGUGAUGCAGCUUUAUGUAGAAGGCCAGAAUGGGUAGAAGGGCUUUUCCACCUUUUUUUUAACCCUAGCAUUUGUAGAAAGCCCAGCAAGGGUAAAAGCUACCAAGGAAGGGCAUUUUCAAUAGAAAAACAAAUCAUAAAAAGGAAGUUAAGAACCCCCAGACAUCCCAUGCUGAUCUCCCAUUUAAAACUGCAACUGGGGGGGACACAUCCCCCAAAAGAAUCACACAACCACACAUAGCAGGUAGUUUCCCCCUAAGAAGAAGGUUAUGAAUUAUUAAAAUCUGUUGAUAGGGUUUCUUUGAGAUUCCAGCAGCUUGCUCUGUUUGCGCAGGUAACAUUUUCCCACUACCUCUUGAGUUUAUGGGCAAAGCCAUCUGGCCAUGUAGUGUUAUUGAGAAAAGCUUGGGGUACUGUGGUCCCCCAGCCUGUGAUAUGAUGGUGGUGUGCACCAUGAACUAGAAUUCAGUUGGAAGCAUUUGUUGGGAAGCAUCAGGAAAACAGUACCACAUUAUAUAUGUUGGCUGAUGCAGCAACCAGCUUCUCACAGAUUGUGGCCAUUUCAUUUGGGCUUUUUGCAGACUUUUUCCAUGGCCACUAUGUUUGUGCUUGGCCUUUGCGUUUCAGUGGUACCAUCUCUAUAUUGUUCUUCACUGAAGAUGUUAAGUUAUGAAAAAGAACUAGUUUUACAAAAAAAGUUGGCACCACCUGUUUAUUUUCUGAAACCUGCUGGACCAUGCUACUCCUAUAAUUUGUUAGUUAAUUUAGGGAGCAUUCCUAAGUAUGUCUACUGAGAUGUAAGCUCCAUUUUAGUGAAGCUUCCUUCCAGAAAAGUAUAUUUAGAAUUUUAGCCUUAGUCAACUGUGUCGUUACCUCUGUGGCUUAUUGUUUAACUUAGGAAUGGGGAACACAUUUCAUUGGCAUAUUUUUGUUAACAUAAAAUAUGCAUUUGAUUCACUCAUUUUAAUGCAUGAAUAACCUUUAUUUAUUUUUUAAAUUUGUGACGGUUGCUAGUUUCCAGGCAAGGCAUUACCAUCAUUACAGUCUAGUGUAUUUUCAGCAUAGGAACAAUAAAUCACUGUUAAUUUUUAGUUUGGGGGGAACUGCCACAUCUAACCAGGUGGCCAAUAUCUUUGUAAGGGGAUUUUCACUUUCUGCCCCACCUGUGGGGUAUGCCUGCCCCACCUUAAUGUCCCUGGAUUACCAUGUUCAAUUGGAUGGGGUGUAUACAUGUGCAAUUGCUUUUAUGUACAACAAAAUACUUUGAUUUUGUCCCAUCUCCCCACUCUCUCAAGACUGGUCAAUCAGCUGCAUGGUUUGACCAUACAUGCUCUGGAUUUUGUACUUGAAUAAACCUUAUUUGUACCUUUCACUCACA